CUGCACGCUACAAACCCACGAAUGGACAUGUGUGUUUGAAACCUAAGGCCUCAUGGCUACCACCAUUUAUCCUCUUCUUCCAAUUUCUCCAUCGCUGAAACACAACUUUCCCUCUUCAACUCCGAGCAUUCCUUUCAAACCCAUUUCCAAUUCAUUGGCUACUCUCUCCAUUUCUGACUUCUGCAACCAAAGACGAGAAGUUGCAGUCAGAGUUGCUUUCAAUCCUUCAGGGAAUUUCGACCUCUCCUUAUUUGAAGAGGAAGAUGACUCUCCCAAGGUUCCACCUCCAAUGCCUCCAACGGAAGGCCGAUUUGACAUAGUUAUUGACAAGGACAAUAUUCGCCGACUUGAUUUAUCCCCCUUUCACAAGGCCACUGGAAUCACUUCACCUUCAUCAAUUGAACCAGAAGAAUUUCUUCAACGGACUAUUGGGUUUACAAUCAAUUACACUAGAGAAGAUCCUCAUGAUCUGAGAGAACUGUCAGAACUUCCGGAUAUAAGAUUAUGGUUUGUGAGACUUGAUGUUACAUAUCCCUGGCUUCCAGUCUUAUUGGACUGGCGAGCCGGAGAGCUUGCUCGGUAUGCAGCCAUGUUAGUCCCUCACCAGAUGAGCAUGAGAAUGGGUGUUGUCUUUAAUCCAGAGGCGCUCGAAUUGUUCAUCAUGAAGAAGGUUUUCGUUGUUUACUCUUGGUUGAAGCGACACAAUUUUCCUAAGCCGAGGCUCAAGACAAGUGACAUGGCUAGGAUGCUGGGAUUCGGGAUAGGAGACGAGCUUUUUGAUUUGAUCGAUCAACAUCCACUUGAUCCAUCCUAAAAGGAGAAAUUCAAAUUUUAAACGUUUCCACGAGCCAUGAAUCUUCUCAGGGGACUCAAGAUUUUGACUUUUGAAUUCAAAUUUCAUGUGAUGCUUCAUAUUGCUCAGAAUCUCAACGAGAAGUUGAAGUCAGAUGUAUAAUUCGAAGGUUCAAUACAAUCGUAUACAAAAA